AUGCGGGAUGCAUCAAAUACCAGCUCCCCCGCGCCGUUGUUGACGGCGGUCAACGUCGAGUCGCAGGUGCAUUUGAUCAUUGGAGCCAACCCGCUGGCUGCCGCUCGAUGUGCGAAGAGCGUUGAGGCCGGCGCAAAGCCCAUUCUCAUCACCCCCGAACCGCAGGAGGGGCUGCAAUAUACGCUUCUUGAGCGGAUCGAGAGUGGUUCCGUGCAGUGGGUUCGCCGGGAUUUUCAAGACAAUGACCUGACCAGCCUGGGGAGGGAAGAAGUCGACCGCGUGGUUGACACAGUCUUUGUUACCCUGGGCGGAAGUGACCCGCGCAGCGCACACAUCUCCAAGCUCUGUCGACGGCUUCGGAUCCCGGUGAAUGUGUCCGAUGCUCCCGAGCUCUGCACAUUUACGCUCCUAUCCACAUAUUCUGAUGGGCCCCUACACAUUGGCAUCACGACGUCGGGACGCGGGUGUAAACUGGCGUCUCGGCUGCGGCGAGAGAUCUCGUCUUCGCUGCCAUCGAAUCUCGGAAGCGCCAUUGACAGACUGGGCGCCGUGAGGAAGCGGCUCUGGGCUGAAGACCACGCAGCCGGACUGUGUGAUACGGCACUCGAGGGUGACGAGGACGACUCCACCGGUCAGCGCCAUACAUUCAACACCCUAGUGACCGAGGACGACAUUUCCGCCGCCAAAACCCGACGCGUGCGCUGGCUCUCGCAGAUUUGCGAGUACUGGCCCCUCCGCAAGCUCGCCGCCAUCACGGAUGCCGAUAUCGAGACCAUCCUUGAGGCCUAUUCAGCUGGCAAAGACCAACCCACCAACAGCAGCCAGAAUGAGUCGAGCAGUCUGGCCCGACGAGGAAAGAUUGUCUUGGCUGGUUCCGGCCCCGGCCACCCGGACCUCCUUACCCGGGCCACUUACAACGCCAUCCAAAAUGCCGACCUCAUCCUUGCCGACAAACUCGUACCUGCUCCGGUCCUGGAGCUGAUCCCGCGCCGGACGGAGGUGCAUAUCGCGCGCAAGUUUCCCGGUAAUGCGGACCAAGCGCAAGAAGAGUUCCUGCAGAUGGGGCUGGAGGCGCUCCGUCGAGGCCGGCACGUCCUCCGUCUCAAGCAAGGAGACCCCUACUUGUAUGGGAGGGGCGGCGAGGAAUUCGAGUUCUUCCGCGGCCAGGGCUACGCGCCAAUUGUACUGCCGGGUAUCACAAGUGCCCUGAGUGCGCCGCUCUUCGCAGACAUCCCGGCCACCCACCGCGGAGUAUCAGACCAGGUGCUGGUGUGUACGGGUACAGGUCGCAAGGGCGCCGCGCCCGCUCCGCCGACAUACGUGCCAACCCAAACGGUGGUGUUUCUGAUGGCGCUGCACCGGUUGUCAGCGUUGGUGGAGUCUUUGACCACGCUGCCAGCGGCGAGUGAUGACAAAGAUGAGUCGUCGCAGCCAACGCGGACGCCCUGGCCGAAGGAGACGCCCUGUGCGAUCAUUGAGCGGGCUUCGUGUACGGAUCAGCGGGUGAUCCGGUCCACAUUGGAGCAUGUGAGUGCUGCAUUCGAGGCGGAGGGGUCCAGGCCCCCUGGGCUGUUGGUUGUGGGAGCCAGUUGCUAUGUUCUGCAUCCGGCGCAGGGACAGAAGUGGGUGGUUGAGGAAGGUUUCCGGAGCUUGGAUGAGUUGUGUUUGGAGAUGGGUGGUGGUGCUGGCAUUGAUGAGAGCCAGUGA